AUGGCCCCAACUGCCCUUACAGACUCAUCCAAUGCUUCCCAGGUUGAUGAGACCAUCCCUCGAGUUCUUGUCCCCGAAAAGCUUUCUCCUGACGGCCUGAACCUGCUCACAGAAGCGGGCUUUGAGGUCGACAACCGCCCAGGACUUGCAGCCCAGGAGCUGCUCUCCCUUAUCCCUUCCUACCAUGCCCUCAUCGUUCGGUCCGAGACCAAGGUGAACUCUGAGGUCCUAUCUGCGGGCUCGAGGCUGAAAGUCGUCGCCCGUGCGGGUGUGGGCGUCGAUAAUAUUGACAUACAGGCGGCCACGUCCUACGGGAUCAUUGUAGUGAACUCGCCGGCUGGUAAUAUUGCCGCCGCUGCUGAGCACACCAUCGCCCUUCUACUGGCUACCGCGCGCAAUGUGGGAAGGGCGGACGCCAGUGUCAAGGCCAAGAAGUGGGAGAGAAGCAAACUGGUGGGCAUCGAAGUGGGCAGCAAAACGCUAGGGCUAGUAGGCCUCGGCAAGGUCGGGAUGAAGGUUGCCAGGAUGGCGAUCGGGCUCGGGAUGAAGGUCGUGGCAGUCGAUCCCUACAUGAGCGCCGAUGUUGCGAAGCAGAACGGUGUCAAGAUGGUUGAGGGCCUGCAGGAUCUACUGCCUCAUGUGGACUUCUUGACCAUCCACACGCCACUUCUGGCCAGCACGCUGAACCUGCUGGGCGAGAAGGAGUUUCAAACCAUGAAAAGGACCGCCAGGGUUCUCAAUGUUGCUCGGGGCGGCAUCUACAACGAGGAGGCACUGAUCAAGGCCCUGGACGAGGGCUGGAUUGCCGGCGCAGGCAUCGACGUCUUUACAAGCGAGCCACCCGAGCCCGGUUCGAGCGCGGAGAAGCUCACGCUACAUUCCAAGGUCGUCUCCACACCUCAUCUCGGAGCGUCGACGGUGGAAGCUCAAGAGAACGUCUCAUUGGACGUGUGUAAUCAGGUUGCAGAGAUCCUGCGCGGCGGUCUACCCAGCGCGGCCGUCAAUGCGCCGCUCAUCCUGCCCGAGGAGUAUAGAAAGCUCCAGCCCUUUGUGCGGCUAGUCGAGCGGCUGGGUGAUCUCUACACGCAGCAUUUCGUGGGCGGAAGAGGAGGCAUGGUCGGCGGCCGCAAGUUCGAGCUCAUCUACCACGGCGAGCUGGCGGGUGUGUCCAACACUCGGCCUCUGCUCGCAGCGCUUAUCAAGGGCUUGACAAGCAGCAUCAGUGACAGUGGUGGCAGGGACGUGAACAUCGUGAACGCUCAGCUCAUCGCCAAGGAGAAGGGCAUCGCCAUCAACGAGACGCAUGCCCGAGAGGAGUCUAAAGAUGUGGGCUACGCCAGCCUGGUGACCCUGCGCUCUUACGAUAGUAAUCAAGGGGCCGAGCAGAUCAUUGAGGGCUACGUGAGCGGACAGGCUUUCUAUAUCAGCAAGCUGGGCCGGUUCAGCGCCAACUUUGUCCCGGAGGGGACCAUGAUCCUGCUGCACAACUACGAUGAGCCGGGCAAGAUCGGGAAUGUUGGCAUCAUCCUCGGGACUCACAAGGUCAACAUCACCUUUAUGCAGGUGGCCAGUCUGGACCGGGCAGUGCUGGCUGCUGGCGACGGCAAUGGUGCCAAGAAGAGGAAGGGGGAGAAUGAGGCCCUGAUGAUUCUCGGGGUGGAUGGUGAUGUGACAAGCGAGGUGCUCGAGGCCUUGAGGCAGUCUGAUGGCAUCCUAGAUGUCAACCUGGUGAAGCUGUGAUCCUACCAUCUGUAGUUCGAAAGCCUUCGCUUACAGCAGGGUCUGAAAUAGAAAUUCCCGCGUAGACGGAGGAGAAGGAGGGCACAGUGAUGGGUCGGAUGUCCUGGGGGCGUGCACUUACAGUGGUCGUGGCUUGACAUAGGGUGUCAUGGGGCCACUCGGGUAAUAGAACCAAGCCACAGGUCUCAGGCGCUACGCUCCACCAGUACCAUACU